UAACUGAACAAAAGCGAACACCACCAAAUUUAAAACAACGAUUAACUGCAGCAAUCGUCAAGACAAUUGUUGAAACAUUACCAUUAUGGAUGAUAAGAUCUAUAUUUGAUUUGACGGGCGUCAUUGAACAAAUCACAAAUGGAAUGUAUGCGGGUAAACAAAGAGAUAAAUGGUGCCGUCGACUGAAGGGUGGGGAUGGAUGGGAUGGAUACCUGAUUGCUGAAGAUGCCGAAACUGCUGAUGUUGGAGAAAAUGCCGAUAUGGUUAUCUUAUAUGCGCAUGGGGGUGGUUUAAAUGCUGGUGGAGCCUUGUUAUCCUUGGUGAUUUUUGUGAGGUGGAUUAAAGCAUGGAAGCUUAGUCAUGGGGCUAAUACGCACAUAUUAUCGCUAGAAUAUGGAAUUUCACCGGAGCAUGUCUUUCCUUCGGCACGUGACAGCAUGUUAAAAUGCUAUCAAUGGUUAAUCAACGAGAAAGGAAUUAGCCCAUCCAAGAUCACUUUUGCCGGUGAUAGCAUUGGCGCAAACCUUGCCACAACAGCAUCCUUAGAGCUUCUCAACAAUCCGGUUGCCUACAAUAACACUCCUCUACCAUCACGUUUGCUCCUUAUCUCUCCUUGUCUAUCAGCACUCACCACCUCACGAACGUUCGAAACAAAUUAUGAUUAUGACUGUAUAAGUAAGAUUUGGUUCGAUUUUUGCUUAGCAAACUCCCUGGAUAAAACCAAUUUUCAUCCAACGAGCCCUUUAAUAUCCCCGUUAUUCGAGCGUAAUUUACGUGGUUUGCCAAAAGUGUGGGUAUGUGUUGGUGGUUACGAAGUAUUCCUUGAUGACGUAAUGUCAUUCGUGGAAAAUGUCAGAAACCAAGAUGUUAGUGCUGAACUUUUGGUCGAGCAAGAUAACGUGCAUAAUUAUGCUAUUUUGUGGCCGUUAUCAAGACAUGGAGGUGCGCAGAGGGCUACGAAACAUAUGUCUAGAUUUUUGUUUGGUGAGAGAUCUGUUAGUCAAAAUCCAAGAAAUUAA